AUGGGGGACGUAGUUUGGGGCAUUGAAUUUGCCAUACAACUACAAGAAACCGCGGAGAAAAUUAUGCAAAACAAUUUAAGUGAUGAUCCUCAAGGAGAAAUUUUAGAUUCUACGAUAAGUUUUAAACAUGAUGGGGCAAAUGCAUUAGGUUCAAUGUAUAUUGAUGAUGAGUCGACCACAUUAAAUGAUGAUUUUUCUGAUACUAAGAUGGUUGAUAUGGGCACAAAAAAGUUAUUGGAUAGUAGAACUACUACAUUUAAUUCAUCGGAAUCACCCAUAAUUGAUAUGAAGUCUGGUUCGGUUUUUUCUGAAAUUAUCGACCCAAAAGCCAGAUGA